GGGCGGCUCCGGCUCCGUUCUCCAUUCAUCGGGAUCGCGGCUCCGCGGCCGCGGCAGGAUGGGUGCUCGGCUGCCCCUGCUCCUGCCCCUGCUCCCGCUGCUGCUGCUGGGCCGGGGGCCACCGGGGGCCCUGGGCAACCGGCACGCCGUGCACUGGAACAGCUCCAACCCGCACCUGCGGCGGGAGGGCUACACGGUGCAGGUGAACGUCAAUGACUACCUGGACAUCUACUGCCCGCACUACAACGCCUCAGUGCCCGAGCACCGGCUGGAGCAGUACGUGCUCUACAUGGUGAACGCGGAGGGGUACCGCACCUGCAACACCAGCCAGGGCUUCAAGCGCUGGGAGUGCAACCGGUCCCACGCGCCCCACAGCCCCAUCAAGUUCUCGGAGAAGUUCCAGCGGUACAGCGCCUUCUCGCUGGGCUACGAGUUCCGUGCUGGGCAGGAGUACUACUACAUCUCCACCCCGACGCACAACCACCGCCGCUCCUGCCUCAAGAUGAAGGUGUUCGUGUGCUGCUCCUCCACGUCGCACGCCGGGGAGAAGCCGGUGCCCACCCUGCCGCAGUUCACCCUGCGGCCCGAGGUGAAGAUCGAGGACCUGGACAACUUCAACCCGGAGAUGCCCAAGCUGGAGAAGAGCAUCAGCGGCACCAGCCCCAAGCGGGAACACUUGCCCUUGGCCGUGGCUGCCGCGCUCUUCCUCAUGUCGCUGCUGGCCUCCUAGCUCCCGGUGCGAACGGGGGCCCCCCAUCCUGCUGAGAGCCAGCAGGGACCCCCGGGACCCCCGUCCCCUCUGCACCACCACCCCCUGCCCACAGAGCCGCCCAUGGGGCAGGGGCCGAUCCCGUCUGGCACUUCCACCCUUCCCAAUGGAUGUGGCCACAUCUGCGGGGAUGCGGCUCGGUGCUGCACCGGCCACCGACACCAUCCUGCCGGUGCCCAGGGCUGGGGCCCCCGGGGCUGGGCAGCCUGUACAUACCUAUAUAGAGUCUAUACAUACUGUACAGAGAGCGACUAUAGAGAUAUAUCUACACUGUACCAUAGGCAGCGGUGCUGGCCCCGGGCUGGCUUGUACAUAGUCGAACGUGUUGGAUUUUCCUCGUCUUCCGUGAAGACCUGACCUAUGCAAACGCACAGACACUUUUUGGGGACAAAAGAAACCGAAACAGAACAAAAAAAAACAGUCUGAACCUUUUUUUUCAAGUGCUUUGGCUGGUGAUUUUCAUAUUCUGCUCUUAGUCUAUUACAAAACCUAAUAAAAGGAUAAAAAAACA